AUGACAAGUUGUUUAUUUCAAGUCGGAGUAACUUCAUAUGCCCUGGAAGAUCCAGCGCGAGUCGAAGGACAGCAGAAGUCUCGUGAAGCCCUUAGCGGUCAACGCCCUGGCAGGGUGUCAUCCGUCCCCCGCAAGAUCAAUAAGUGGCUCGCCGGUCGCCGGAAGGGCCAGCGAGGGUUCGGCCUCCAGCUCGUGAGCGGGCAGUUUGAGUUUGUCCACGACCUGGCGGACGACUCUCUGUGGCUCGUCAACGCCUCCCAGCUGCGGUGCAUGCGCACGGAGGCCUCGGCGGAGGAUCGUCCGAUGGCGAGCAGGAGGACGUCGACAUCCGUUACUUCAACGAGGACGAGUUCACCGAUGUCCUUCCUUCAGGAGAAGCAAAAGUUGGACGAGAUGAAGCGCCACUACGACCGCACGACCACCAUGGAGAAGUCUCGAGGCGCGCUGAUGCACGUGGACACCAUGAUGGGCACACUCAGCUUCUCGCUCAGCGAGCGCGACGUGCUCUCCGGGAUGAGCGAGCUGCCUCAGGAUUUGGUCAAGUACACCGAGGCGCACGGCUUCAUGAAGCGCUUCUACAAAGAUGAUGAGUUGUUCCCGUGUGCCGAGAGUGCGGCCAACCGCUCCAGCUCUCAGACCAAGGCAGUCGGGCUGUCCACCUGGUUUCAGCGCUGGGUGAAAGCGCAUCGCAAGAGUCUGAGAGGCUGAAGUAUGCGGACUACUCUUGAAUAUCUGAAGCGCUGCGCCUGCCGCUGGCCCAUGCUGAGCCAUCUUGCGGCUGUCCUGAGACAGCCACUCCUGUCUUCAAUCACCUGCGCCCCUAACUGAGAGACUUGCUUAUCCAAGGCCAGGCUUUCAUCCAGUCUCACCCACUGUCUUUUCCUACAGGCGCACUGCCUUGCGCCCGGAAUGCCAAGCAUGGACCGGCGCCAGCCUUGCAGAGGGAUGCACAUUGUUGAGGCCGUGGGCGCAGUAGUCUCUGCGAGGCCAGCCCAUACCACUGGUUGUCUUGUGUCUCACGCUGUAGCGUUAGCCGCACUGUGGCGAGCCGCGAUGGUUGCUGUCCGCACUCCGUAAA